AUGAAGUAUAACCCUGACGUCUCCUCUUCGCGGCGCAAGAACCGCAAGGCCCAUUUCAGCGCACCCUCCUCUGUGCGCCGCAAGAUUAUGUCGUCAUCCCUAUCCAAAGAACUUCGGGCGAAAUACAACACGCGGUCACUACCGAUCCGCAAGGAUGACGAAGUACGGAUUUUGCGGGGGAAAUACAAGGGUCGGGAAGGAAAGGUUACUCAGGUGUACCGCAAGAAAUGGGUCAUUCAUGUUGACCGUGUGCAACGCGACAAAUCCAACGGUGCUACUUCUCCCAUCGGUAUCCACCCCAGCAAAGUCGUGAUCACAACCAUCAAGCUUGACAAGGAUCGUCGGGCAAUUCUUGACCGCAAAGACAGAUCAAAGACCGCACAACCCGCCGCCACUGAGGAUGUCGAGAUGGUGGACGCGUAUUGA